ACUGCUUCCCCAGAUAAUGCUGCACUGGAACCCACCACCACCCCCAAGUUUCGCUGUAGUGGGACCCUUUCACAAAAAAGCUCAUCAUCUCAGAUGCACCAUGGCUCUCCUCUCACUGUUUCUGCUCACCUCUCUGCUGUCUCAUAUAGGACAUUGUGUUUAUGUCGACAUGGGCAUAGUGAAUGGCACAGUGGUUAAAGCACAUUCCAGACCCUACAUGGUUUCUGUCCAAAAAAACGGAAAACAUCAUUGUGGGGGCUUCCUCGUGUCAGAGAACUUUGUCAUGACAGCUGCACACUGCUGGGAAUUUGGGGUGAAGCUGACAGUUGUAGUGGGGGCUCAUGAACUGAAAAAGAGCAAGUCAGCUUUGAGCCAAAUGGAGGUGAAGUUUUACCACAUCCACCCGAUGUUUGACUCCGAGAAUCUGUUCAGUGAUAUCAUGCUGCUGCAGUUGAAAAAAAACAUUAAAAAAGCCAAGAAUAUCAACUGGCUCACCAUACCAAAAAAGAAAAAUCAGGUUGUUAAGGCCAAGAAGGUCUGCAGCAUAGCAGGCUGGGGGAAGCAAUCUGAAAAUGGUGGACCAAGUGCUCACCUCAUGGAGGUCGACGUCACUAUCAUGGACACAAAGGAAUGUGAGAAAUUGUGGGGAGAACCUUUCUCUGUCUCCAGUUUGGUGUGUACUAGAGGUCACGGAGGAUUUUGUCCGGGAGACUCUGGAGGUCCUUUGGUGUGUCAGAACACAGCCGUCGGUAUUGUUUCAUUUUACGAUUCGACAAACUGCAAGUCACCAAAGUUGCCCUACGUCUACACCAAAAUUUCUACAUUUCUGCCUUGGAUUAAUUCUAUUUUAGGACACAUGGAGUGAGCACUUGGCUAUUAUUGUAUAUUUUAUAUUUAAGUCGCUCCCCCCCUUUUCACGACCCCCCCCCCCCCCCCAAAAAAAAAAAAAAAACUUAAGUGGGUUGGGUUGUACUGUAUUUAUCUCUUGUCUGUGGGGCAGCUUUCUAUUUAUACCCCAACCUCAGGGGAACUAAAUGUGUUUACUCUCAAACUAAGUAAAAUGUGACAGUGCAAUAAAUGCAAUGUAAAACAAAAGAGCAGUAAAAGAUCCUCACAAAUCAUUUUGUAAUUUUGUUGUGCUUAAUAUGUUGGCAAAUUACAAUUAACAAUAAAUAAUAAACUAAU